AUGCCGGAGGCGAGGAUAGACUUACUAGAAGUCGCCACCACUGCGUCCACCAGCUGCAUGAACCAUCAUUCGGUCGUGUCGAUGACGCUGCAUUACCAGCGCUUCGUUGCGGGUACAUUGAAGAUGGGGGACAUGGUGUAUGUAGUCUUAAGCGAGACUAAACGCGAAAUCUCGUUUGACCUGGAGCCUUUCUCGUUUGAGUGA